AUGGACAAGGCUAGGGAAGUGUUUGACAAGAUGAAGAGCAAGGAUGUGGUGGCUUGGGCCGCAAUGGUUGGGGGAUACGCCUCCAAUAGGCAUCCCCAGGAGGCUCUGGAACUGUUCUUCGCAAUGCAGGUGGAGGGAAUAAGACCAGAUUGUUAUACAGUGGCUGGGGCGCUCUCAGCAUGCACAAGGUUAGGUGCAUUGGAUUUGGGACGGAGAGUAGUUGGGAUGCUGCACUGGGAUGAGGUUCUUGACAACCCUGUCCUGGGUACUGCACUGAUUGAUAUGUAUGCCAAGUGCGGGAACACAGGUGAGGCGUGGAUGGUGUUCCAGCAGAUGAGGAAGAGAGAUAUCAUUGUUUGGAAUGCAAUGAUCUUGGGGCUCGGCAUGACUGGCCACGAGAAGAUUGCCUUUGCGCUUGUUGGCCAGAUGAAAAAGUCAGGCAUGACACUGAAUGAUAAUACCUUCAUGGGAUUGCUCUGCAGCUGUACACAUAGUGGCCUUGUAAAAGAUGGGCAGCGCUAUUUUCGUAACAUAAGUCAGUUGUACCACAUAAGCCCUAAGAUUGAGCAUUAUGGUUGUAUGGUUGACCUGCUCAGUCGUGCGGGGUUGCUGGAGGAGGCUCAUCAGUUAAUUGAAGACAUGCCAAUGGAGGCAAAUGCUGUUGUAUGGGGAGCACUCCUUGGUGGUUGCAAGAUCCAUCGGAACGCUGACCUUGCUGAACAUGCAAAGGGGAUUGAGAAGGUCCCUGCAUCUAGCUGGGUUGAACUUGAUGGUAAGGUCCACGAGUUCCAUGUUGGAGACAAAUCACAUCCCCUCUCAGAUAAAAUCUAUGCAAAGCUCGAUCAAUUAGGCAUGGAAAUGAAGGCCAUGGGUUAUAAACCAACUACUGAGGUGGUGAUGUUUGACAUUGAAAAUGAGGAGAAGGAACACACGCUUGUGCAUCACAGUGAGAAAAUUGCCAUUGCAUUCAGCCUCCUUACUACUGAACCAGGAGAGACCAUUAGGGUCACCAAAAACCUCCGAGUUUGCAGUGACUGCCACACUGCCAUCAAGCUCAUAUCGUGGAUAACCUGUCGCGAAAUUAUUGUUCGAGAUAACAAUCGAUUUCAUUGCUUUAGAGAUGGCUAUUGCUCUUGCAAUGACUAUUGGUAG